GACGCUCUUAAUAUCGAAAAACCAUAAGUAACGAUAGGCCCAUUUUGUUGGUGGUGUUCACAAUCUUCUCGCGCUUUCCCAGGAACUGGUCAAGAUGCCCAUCGCCGGGCUGUGCAUCGAACUGCGCCCGAACCUACGCAGCGGCGUGGUCUUCCUGCGAUUCGACCAACAGGUUUCGCAGAGCCAGAAGACUCGCGUCGUCGUCCGCGACUACAAUGUUUAUAUCAGCGAGAAACCUAAGAAUCAGGCAAUCGACUUGGAUUCCAGCUCCGAAAGCGACAGCGAGGACUCCGACAAGCUGAUGCUCAUCCGGCACGCGCAGUAUGGUAUGGACAUUGUCUGCCUGUCCACGUUCUUGGUCAGUGGCAGGAACAUCAGUUUCCGCUUCAACUACAACCAGAUUGAUCUGGCCAGCGUGGAUGGAAGCGCUGUGGACGUGCCUCUGGCGCCACUACUCCUCUCCUGCCAGGAGAACGAGCCCAUCACUAUCAACUGUCGUGAUUGCCGAGCGGAAUUGGUGGCAGGCCGAAGCUAUCGCAGGUUGAGGGAGUUUCCCAGCCUCUUGGUGGAUCCCACUGAGUUCUUUUGCCACAAUCAUGGACCAGCGGGCAAGACCCAACCAAUUAGCUUAGUGCCCGCCGAAACGGAUCUUUUCUAUGGCCUCAACUAUGUGGUCAUCAACUUUAACGAAGAAAGUUCGUGCAUGCUCAAUCGCGACGAUCACUUGUACUGCCAGCGCUGCAUGCGUUAUUUGGGGCUGACCAUGUUCGAUGGCGCCGCCGCUCGCAUCUGGGCUGAUGCAGUACGUUGGCGUCCCGCAGGAGCGGCGACAAAUGCCCCCGAUCGCCACUUCUUCCAAAACUCCACGCUAACGCAGCUUUUCAAGCGUCUGCUGCACUCGCUGUGGCCUCAACCGUUGCCUCAGCUCUGUUUGAACACCAGUCGUGCGGUGCUGGUCACCUCGCUGCCCAACCGAAAUCAGCAAUACAUGUUUUUGCACGUGGUGGAGUCACAGCUGCGUGUGCUGCGUCGCAUUCGCCCAAAUUCGAACCGACUACGCUGCUUUCGCGCCUGCAAGCUGUACUACGGCGUUUUUGGAGCCAAUCCGCCGCUGCUGGAGAAGUGGCAGGCGCAGCAGACGCUGCCCCAAAUGGAUGUAUCACCGAACAUGUUCCUAAAGAUUCAGAAGCGCCUCGAGACGAAUGGCCACUUGAUUCCGGACGCCUUGAGCACGAACUGUGCGGAGGAGCACCUGCAGUUGUCGUACUUCUUUUAUGAGAACGAGGAUCAACACGACGGCGGGGUCGUCGCUUCGGAUGUGUUUACGGAUCAAAUGAGCAACGUGUAUCAGAAGGAGGUGGAUCCGUACGAGACGGAUGCAGGACAUGCCAGCGAGAGCGAUGACGAGUACUCGGAUACGGACACCGCUUCGGGGGACACGGCGGCUUACUCGCUCGGCAUGCGUACCCUGCAGAAACGCAGCCCCACUCCGCCGCGGUCUUUCGCCAAAAUGGCCACCUCCGCCUCGCCGGAGGACAAGUAGUGACCCAAUCCGAUUCAAAAAUCAAGCAUAGCUUGUAUGUCGGAAACUAUGUUACUUGUUUUCACUAUACAAAGACGGACUUGGCCCAAUAAUUUGUCAAAGAUAUUUUUUUUUUAAAGUUAGCCCUUGAUUGAUAAUCAAUUCCAUCCAAAAUACUUUACUAUGCCUUUGAUUCAAAUCCUCACAUCCUUUGCUUUUGUUUAUCGUUAUACAUUCGCUUAGAAUGAAUUAACAGUACGCGGAAUUGAUAACGCCAAAGACUAUUUAUUGUUUUGUGAAGAAAAUUUUGAUUUUAUUGCUUGACUCGAUCGUUAUAUAUAUAUAUGUAUAUUAUAUAUAGUUUAACAAACGUUUUGCAACAAGUAUUAGCUGGAUAAACGACUUCUAUAUAUAUGUAUGUACUAGCACAAAUGCAGUGCGUUCCGUGACUGUAAGUGCCAAUGUCUUGGCCUUACAGCUGCGAAACGCACUGCACAUGUUUUGAAGAAAAGUAAGAAGAUUGUUUGCUUUUGCUUACACUUUGACGUUCCCUAUUAAUUCACUUAAGUUAACGAGAAAAAAAUGAGAGUAGAGUAAUAGUUUAAAAGUAAAAUUGAAAUAUUGAAAAUAUUCAAUUUUAAUAUAUUUUCAAAGAACUGAAUUAACAAGUUUUCCAAAAUGUGACUUACCAAAACAAAAAAAAAAACAAAAAAUGGACUAAACGAAAAAAGAAAAGUUAUUGCUUACGAAAAACAUAUAUUAUAAAUAUAUACUAAUAUACUUCAAUAUGUUUCCAGAAACAAGAUUAAAACAGAAUAUGUAUGAACUAUGAUUUAGCUGCGUAAACAUUUACACACAACUAUUAUUGUCCAACAUUUGUAAUUCUGUUCGCAACUACGCAUGUCAACGAAUAGCCGAGAAAAAUUGUAAUUUCAAAACUCUGAUGUAAAGUAUAUGGAAAACAACUAUUUAUAUGUAUAUAUUUAAAGUCAAAAUGGGAUGAAUGUAAGGCGGAGCAGUGCGCGCCGUGACUGUAAGACGGUACUACAGACAGUCAU